UCCGUGUUCAUUGAGAUAUAUAUACUGGUUUCAAUAUCCUUCUAAUUUUCUUCCAACCAACUUUCCCAUGCGCCACCUUACUGAACUUCACAUGUAUGGAAGCAGUCUUGUUCGGUUAUGGGAGGGAAAAGUGGACUUGCCCAACUUGAGAUGGAUCGAUCUUAGAAACUCAGGUAAAUUGAAGAGUACCCGGAUUUCAGUGGUGUUCCAAAUCUUGUGAAGUUGAAUCUUCGAGGUUGUUUCAAUUUAGUUGAGAUACACCCGUCUAUUGCACAUCUUAAAAAACUUGAACUUGAAUUUUGAAUGCUACUUAAAACUUGAGAGCCUCCCAAGUGAGCUUAAAAUGGAUUCUCUGGAAUCUUUAAGUCUUAGCAACUCAGAUGUGAAAAAGAUUCCAGAAUUUGGGGAGCAGAUGAAGAAUGUGUCCUCGAUUGACUUAAGUGCGACUCUGAUAGAGAAAAUAGCUUCAUCAAUUGGACAUUUGGUUGGCCUCCAGGAGUUGUGUCUAGUUGGUUGCUCAUAUCUCUUGAACCUUCCGACGACUAUUUGUAAUUUGAAGUCUCUUAGAAGACUCCGAAUGCAAGGAUGCUCAAAAAUUGACAAACUCCCAAGAGACAUGGAUAACUUAUGUAACGGAUCGGAUGCUAAAGCAAGGGAGGGGUGGGGCCUUCUCCGCUUACUAGGACUUGGAAAGAGUCGUCCUGAUCCUCCUUGUUUGGAUUUGGUGUUGUCUUCUCUAAAUAGUUUAUGCUCUUUGACAGAGUUAACAGAGUUAUCUCUAAAAGAUUGUAAACUCCGUGAAGGAGAUAUCCCCGAUGAUAUUGGCUGCUUGUCCUUUCUGGAAAGAUUGGAUCUUAGUGGAAAUAAUUUCGUCAGUCUACCUGAAAGCAUUAGAUGCCUUUCUAAGCUUUCGUAUCUUGAUCUGGAAAGGUGCAAAAGCCUUCAAAAAUUGCCACCUCUUCCAUCUAAUAGCAAAUUACAUGUAGAUGUAGACAAUUGUACUUCCUUGCGAAGUUUGUCAGAUCCAUCCAAGUUGAACAGCAGAUUUGCCAAUUUGUAUGAUUUUAAUUUCACUUGCCUGAAUUGCAUUGCAUUGGUUCAAGAUGAAGGCUGGAUACUCUCAAGGAUUCUAAAAUUUGCCACUGAUCAAGAGGUACUCUCUCUCUCCCUCUCCCUCUCUCCCUCUCUUCUCUCUCUCUCUCUAAAUAAUUGAUCUUUCUUCAGCCACAGGGAAUCUCAAAUUUUUUGAGAGGUAUGGUAUGCCCUGGAAGUGAAAUUCCAGAGUGGUUCAGUAAUCAGAGUGCGGGACAUUCAAUAGAUGUGGAGCUUCCUCCACCAUCAUGUACCAACUGGCUGGGGAUUACCUUUUGUGUUGUUUUUCAAGAUCUUAAGCGU